AUGAAAAGCAAGAAGUACUCCGAUGACACCAUUCGCAGCCUCAAGGUGCUCCCGUUCGUCAAGAGCAAGAUGGUCAAGGGGCUUUUGAAGGAGAAGGAAGACUACUACAUGGCGGCCAGUGACACAGACAUCGAGUACGGCCACAUGGCGUUCUGGAAGGACAACAAGAAAAAAAGGCUGCCUACGUGGCACGCCUUGGUGUUGGAUGUUGCUCUUUUGCAACCAUCCUCUGCAUUCAUGGAACGAGUGUUUUCCAUCCUGCGGGGCCGGGCCCAGAGUAGCAGCUCAGCAGAGAAGACGGGUAGCGCCGAAGAGGCCAACAGCGGCAGCGGUAGCGACCAGAGCGAUGGCAGCGAUGAAGAAAGCGACUGAUGGCCUGUGUUUCACUUUCGUGUAGAUGUCUUACUUGUUCGUAGUUGGUGGGUCAGUACCUGUCCAGAUUUGUUUGUUUUUGCCCCGACGUGAGCGUGCAUGCCAUGCGUAACGUCGAAGUAUCGAAGCAUCAUAGUAUUCCAUUUCGUUGUUGAUUUGUUUGAUAACUGAGGGCUCGGAAUAUUGCAUGUACACACCAGCGUAACAUGCAAGAUGUAGUUUGUAGAAAAAUAAGAGAAGGACGAAGGACACAUCAUUUCGCUUU